CUGCAACAACAACAACAGCAACAGCAGCAGCGGCACCAACCGUCACCGAGGCACAAUCCGCCACCAAGCACCACCUCGCCCAGUUAUCAUGGUGCUCGGCCGCGGGUCACGGAGGAGACAUUUGAAGACCUAUUAGGGGGCUUCAGCUCUUCUUCUGGCCAAGCUUUUGGAAGCAGCAGACGCACCCAACACCCAAAGACAUUGGCCGAAAUUCGGCAUCAGAAACUAGCACAGACGGAAGACCACGAAGCUUUGAAACCAAUGCAAGCACCAAGGUGCAUAGUGCUUGAGUGGUUGGAAGGCAAGGAGAAAAAUGUGCGUGCUUUGCUCUGUACUUUGAAUUCGGUGCUAUGGGAAGGCGUUCGGUGGGAACAAAUCUCUAUGGCAGACGUGAUGACUGUGAAACAAGUGAAACAACAGUACCGCAAGGCCGCUCGUGCUGUCCAUCCUGACAAGGUGAGU